AUGAUACAUUUUCUUGCUCGAAGAAGAUCAAAUUCACAAUCUCGAAUCUUCCAUCAAACACCCAAUCUAAGCUCUUUGCUCUUCUCUUCCAAAUCAAACCCCCAAAACACCCACAAUUUCCCGCCAAAUCACCACAAAUCAAGGCAAUCAAGCAUCCAAGAUUCGACAUCAUGUAUUGGGAAUUCAAUUCAUUUUUUAAAUUAUUCUGGGUAUUCACUAAAUUUGCUUAAAAAUGCGAAAUUAUCAAAUGGGAAUAAUCAGGGUUUGAUUUUUUCAAGUGGGGUUCGAUGUUUUAGUUCUCAAGUUGCAGACCCAGCAACUUCUGAUGGAUUAACUGUGGAAAGAAUUGUUGCUAGUCGAUGGCCAAUACUUGAUGAAGAUGAAGGUGAUUGGAAGAGUCAUGCUUCUGCUGUAGCGCAGUCUAUUCAUCUUAUUAAAAAGCGAUUGCAGUGGAAAAAGUUGCUGGUGCGCUUGGACAUGUUAUCAGCUGAGCUGGAUAAACCGAAUCUAUGGGAUGAUCCUGUUCAUGCUGGAAAGAUUAGUCGUGAGCAUGGUUCUCUCAUGGGAAAAGUGAACGAGGUAAUGGAGUUUGAGCAGGAGUUGAUUGAGCACAUUGAUAUGCUGAAGCUUGCUCGAGAAGAGAAUGAUUCAGAGUUGGAAUCGGAAACAAUGAAUGCUUUACUUAAAAUGAGAAGAGAUUCAAAGGAAAGAGAACUUGAUGCUAUGUUAUCUGGUGAACAUGAUUCCGCUUCUUGUUACAUUGAGGUUCAAGCUGGAGCCGGUGGCACAGAGAGCAAUGACUGGGCUUUUAUGGUCAUGGAAAUGUACAAAUCGUGGGCACAACGAUGUGGAUAUCGUGUUAGUGUUCUGGAGGAAAUGGCUGGUGAAAUUGCAGGGAUCAAGCGGGCAACAAUCAAAGUAGAUGGUGAAUAUGCAUAUGGAUAUGCAAAAGCAGAAGUUGGGGUACACAGAUUGGUUCGUAUUUCUCCAUUUGAUAGUGCAAAACGCAGACAUACGUCAUUUGCUGCUGUAGCAGUUAUUCCAAUCCUCAAAGAUGUAUCCACACGUGUGGAAAUUAAAGAAUCAGAUCUCCGCAUUGAUCGAUAUCGUGCUGGUGGAGCUGGUGGCCAGUCGGUCAACACUACAGACAGUGCUGUGAGGAUAACUCAUAUCCCUACAGGGAUUGUCGCUACUUGUCAAAAUGAAAGGUCACAGCAUCAAAACAAGGCUUCAGCGAUGGCAGUUCUCCAAUCUCGUGUAGACCAGCUUGAGAUAGCUCGCCAAGCUCAAAUGAAUGCUCAGCAUACCGAAUCACUUACAGAAAUCAGUUGGGGCGCUCAGAUAAGAUCUUAUGUUCUUCAUCCUUACCGAAUGGUGAAGGAUCAUCGUACAGAUUUUGAGGUCUCAGAUCCUGAUUCUGUGCUGGAAGGUGACCUUGAAGGUUUCAUACUCAGCUAUCUGUCUGCGUCUUUAGAUAAAGCUGGAGAUAAUUUGUGACAUUAAAAACUGAUAUAACUCGAAAGUUUAGACUUCCUCUCAAAGGAUGAUCAUUUAUGGAAAUAUGGGAGCACAAUUUCCAGUAGUGUUACCGUUGUAUGUGCUUACCUGUUUUACCAACGAACCUAAGAAAUAAAUGUACUCUUUUACAUGAUAGAUUCCUAUUAUAGUGAAUCCUGCUGUAGUUUUAUUUAAUCUGCUCAAAUUAUUCAUUGACAAAUGAAAUUUGCACCAAGAAUUCUUGGUGUUGGACAAAAUU